AUGGCAUUCGCUGGGACGUGGCAGGUCUAUGCUCAAGAGAACCUGGAACCAUUCCUGAAAGCUCUUGCCUUGCCAGAUGACGUUAUCAAAAUGGCCAAAGACAUUAAGCCUGUUGUUGAGAUACAGCAAAAAGGAAAUGACUUUGUUGUGACAUCAAAGACACCCAAACAGUCUGUCACCAACUCAUUUACGAUCGGCAAAGAGGCUGACAUCACUACCAUGGACGGCAGGAAGCUAAAGUGCACGGUGAACAUGGUGAAUGGGAAACUUGUGUGCAAAUCAGACAAAUUCACCCAUGAGCAAGAAGUGAAAGGAAAUGAAAUGGUGGAGUCCAUAACGUUUGGUGGAGUAACACUCGUCAGAAGAAGCAAGAAAGUUUGA